UUUCAUCAGUUGCUUUCAGGAGCGUGUAUAGACAAUGAACUUUUGAAUGAACUGGUAGAGUCACAAUGGUGACGGAAGAGGGCGAUAGUUGCCCCUGUGGUGAGCAAAGGUCGGAUGGUGUUUUUAUGGUCCAGUGUGAUUCCUGUGGACGCUGGUAUCAUGGAAUGUGCUGCGACCUACCGGAGUAUCGAGCCCACUUGAUAGAUAUGUUCGUGUGUCGGAAGUGCACCACAGGACACAAAGAAAUACUGAAUCAACAUCGUCAUGACCCGACCGAUCCGAGUGGGAACUCCAAACCCGUGCAAUGCGGAACUUCAGAUUUUCUCGAAGAGCUUUCCAGUCGAGAUCUGUACGAUGCCGAAUUGGUGAUUGUACGUUUGCGAGCGCAACAAUUCAACCUCUUAUACGUGUGUCAAAAUGGACUGGAUAAACCUGUCCUUGUUGCUGAAAAGGAUGGUUUAGAUUUGAAAAUGCCCGGAGGAAAAUUCGGAUCACCGAAAGAUGUUGAAAAAUUAGUCGGGAGUGAUAAAGUAGUGGACGUCAUUGAUUCCACUCGCCAAACGUCGAUCCGGAUGACUUUGCGAGAAUUGGUGAAGUAUUACGAAAGUCCAAGGAAGGGAGCCAUUCUGAAUUGCAUAAGUCUGGAAGUUUCAGAAACGAAGCUUGGAAAUCUUGUAGACAGUCCCUAUUUGGUUCGAAAACUAAGUUGGGAUGACACCAUUUGGCCGGAGGAAAAGGAGAGAGAAACUGGCUGUGACGUGCAGAAAUAUUGUUUGAUCUCAGCGAAGGAUUCGUAUACGGAUUUUCAUAUAGAUUUUGGCGGAUCCACGGUUUGGUACCAUAUUUUCAAGGGAGAAAAAGUAUUUUACUUGGUACGCCCUACGAAGGCCAAUCUAGCGGCCUACAAGAAAUGGUUGGGGUCAGCUAACCAACUGGAAACGUUUUUCGGGGAUUUAGCGGACGUUUGUUACAAAUUGAAGGUGAAGCAAGGUAGUACUUUGUUCAUUCCAUCCGGUUGGAUUCAUGCUGUGUGGACGCCGGUAGACUCCAUUGUUUUUGGUGGAAACUUUCUGCAUAAUCACAGCAUCUCCACUCAAUUACAAAUUUAUGAGAUGGAGAAAAGAGCUUCUACGCCUCCGAAACUGUGUUACCCAUACCUGGAAACUCUUCACUGGGUUGCUGCGAUUCACAUGUUGAAAGAUUUUGAAGAUUGGAAGAAAGAUAACAAAGUGACUGGUGUACGGAAGAAGCGAGCUGAUGCCGUGAUGCCUGUGCCUCCAUUUUACAUGAUGCGUGGAUUGAAAGCUUUGAGUAAUGCUCUCAAGAGUUGGGCCAAUGCUUCGUGCUACAAGAGUUCUACAUCGGCCAGACGAGAACCGAUCCCCAUUUCAGAACCAAACAAACUGGUUAAAGACCUAGCUAAGGAAGUCAAAUUUUUGGAAAAGGAACUCGGUGAAAUCGCGUUGGAAGAUGAGAGCCCUUCUCCGAUGCCGGCAAAUCCGACGGUAUCUGCAAAACCAGUCCCUGCAAAAGACGCGUCGCCGAAGCCGACACAAACAACGAAAGCGAAACGAAGUAAUCAACGUGUAGCUGCAAGUCAGGCAGCUGCGAGAGCCCCAAAAUCUGAGACGGCGAAAUCCAAGAAAGCGGAACCGGAAAAGCAAAAAAAAAGUGUACCUUCGAAGGAGAAAACUAAAGGAGAAAUACCGUCAGAGAAGCGUGACAGCCCUGUCGUUAAAGCCGAGACCGAAGCACAGCCACCUGCGAGAGGGUCUCAACGCAUUCGUGGGCGAGCACCAGCACGUUAUAGAUCCGAGUCACCUGUUCAACCUGCUCCUCGGAAAGGUCUCAAGAGAACCAUGAAGAAAACGGUCGAAGAAGCACCACCUGUUAAGCUCCCUCGUUGGACCCCAAAGAAAACCCGGGGAGCGUUAAAAGACGCGGUUAAACCCGACCCAAUGACCCAGUUCGACUUCGAGGACGAAUCCAAUGAAGGCGAAAUUGAGUCAAAUCAGGUCUUGAAAAAACCACCGACGAAAAAACCGUCUCCGCAGAAAAAUUCUGCUGAAAAAGCGAAGCCACGUGGGAAGAAUAGGAAGAAACUUGUCGAAACCGAACCCGUGAAAUCUGAGGAAGAAUCCGUGGAUUUGGAAACUAAGCCUGAAGUUGCCCCCGAGGAUCUCAAUAAGGAUGUACCUGGAGACAGUGACGUCUUCGGUAUGUUCUCACAGGUUGCCAACACUUUUAGGAAAGUCGAGCCUCUGAAGCUUUCUAUCAAACAUGAUCCAUCGAAGUCGGAAUCCGCUAAGUCGACCGUCAUUAUUGCUGCAGAAAAGGUGAUCAACGAUUACCUCAAUAAAAUCAAGCCUGUGAAAAAGCGGAAAUCUCCGGCGACGAAGCGGGAAACUCACGAAAAUAUCGACGAGGGAAAUUUGGUCGUGAAAAUAUCCAAGAAAACCGCAAAAAAUCCCCCGAAGAAUCAGGAGACGAAGAAGCCGAGAAAAGCAGUUGUGCAGACAGGGUCGAAGAAAAAGACACCUGCCGAAAGACGAAAACCCGGUACCGAAAAGACUCCCGUUCGAAAACCUGCGCGAUCGAAGGCGAAGAAAGCCGUCGAAGCAGCUCCCGUCGUUGUCGCCAAGAAGAGCAGCGCGGACGGUGAAAAGGAAGUUGAGGAAGAAGAAGUGUUGAACGGCCUCGUGAUAGACGAACACGCUGUCGUCACUGAUCCCGUGAAAUCUCCUGUUCCGGAAACUUUCAAGCUUAAAUUUUCUCUUGGAAAACGUGGUGGAAUUUCCGUCGCAACUUCCCCGGUUCAUGGGACCGGCAGUCCUGACCGAUUGGAGUCGACCUGGGACCACACUUCGAGUUCUGGAAUUGAUCAACUGCUCAAAGCGUCAGUUCUGGAUGCGGAGGACAAACGAAUCGCCCAGGAAGUGGUAGAGUCCGGGAGAGCGUCACCGUCAACUCGGGAUGCCAUUGCUGGUAUGCUGUCCAUUGGUCGGGUGAAUCCAUUUCCUGGUCUCACUUCCUCAUCGGGGACACCCCCGUGGCAGUCUCCUUUGUCUUCCGCGAUGAGCUCUCGGUUGGCCGGCAAUUCUCCCAUGUAUGGUUCCGAAUCCCCCGUGCAUGUGUCCUCUCCAGUGCACACGGGUUGCGGCUCGCUCAUGGCUUCCUCGAGCUUGGCGAACCCACUUUCUAUGUCGACGGGAUUGAGCAGUACUAAGCAGAACGUGAAGAAGCAUCGUCCGUUGGAACCCUAUCACAUCGUCGAUACUAAGGAUGAUGACCAAGGUUCAGAUGGAGAACCUGUGAAAGAGGUUCACCAGGAUGACGAUUUUGUGUACACGCCGCUGAACGACUCGGAUGACGAAUUAGGGACCGACGGGACAAAGCGGAAACUCGGUGGCGGAAGCAAGAAGCCCGAAGAUUCUGCGUGGAGUCCAAGAGCGAGGGUAGUUUCCGGCCCGAAACCCGAACGACCGCAUCGCGAAGGCACGCAGCGAACCUGGGCUGAGAAAGGGUUGCAAGAAGCACGGAAAAGCUCCGUGCCGACGACGUCAUCGUCGUCGGCUGGUCCGAGUUGGGCAUCGCCGGAAGGCGCUGGGCGGUCGUCGUCCCCCGACCCAUCGGAUCCGACGUCUCCGUUGCACAUGACGGCGGCUUUCCUGCUGAAUAGCCCCGCCUUGCUUGGAGGAAAUGUUAAAAAGGAUACGAAGCUGGGCUUUCGUUCCUUUCCGGCACCGAAAAGUUCUCCGUCGUCGUCGUCUUCUUCGGACGCUUUUAAACGUAGACCAAAGAAAGGCAUGGCGACUGCAAAGCAAAGUUUUCUUCUUAUCAAGGAUGUUCUGCAACAUCAUGCGACGCGGUCGAUGCUGCUCACGUCGCUGUCGGAUCCCGGCGAUGAUGAAUUAUCGACACCGACAUCAUCCUGUCGACUUUCCGACGCUAGCAUCUGCUUCGUUGUUCGGAGGAAGACUCCGAUGAAACGCGAUAAACCAAGACAGCCGCGGGUGACUGGUGGUGGCUCGUUGGCAGCGUUCGGCGCGAACCGCGUCAGUUCCGCGCUCGCUCUCCUCCAGCUCGGAUGU